UCCGGGCUGGGGUGUUUGUUUGGACUGGAGAAGGGAGGCUGCGGGCGAAACGCGCGUCGAGCGGGGGAGCGGCGCUGCCUGUGGAGAUCCGCGGAGGCCGACCGGAUUCGUUGGCUGCCGUCCCCGCUGCCGUGCACUGGGUUAAAAACUACAUCUAACGCCAACCAUGAAAGAUCCAAGUCGCAGCAGUACUAGCCCAAGCAUCAUCAAUGAAGAUGUGAUAAUUAACGGUCAUUCUCAUGAAGAUGACAAUCCAUUUGCAGAGUACAUGUGGAUGGAAAAUGAAGAGGAAUUCAACAGACAAAUAGAAGAGGAGUUAUGGGAAGAAGAAUUUAUUGAACGCUGUUUCCAAGAAAUGCUGGAAGAAGAAGAGGAACAUGAGUGGUUUAUUCCAGCUCGAGAUCUCCCACAAACUAUGGACCAAAUCCAAGACCAGUUUAAUGACCUUGUUAUCAGUGAUGGCUCUUCCCUGGAAGAUCUUGUGGUCAAGAGCAAUCUGAAUCCAAAUGCAAAGGAGUUUGUUCCUGGGGUGAAGUACUAAAAUAUUUGAGUAGACGGGGCCCUCUUUUGGUGGAUGUAGCACAAUUUCCACACUGUGAAGGCAGUAUUAGAAGACUUAAUUGUAAAAGCUCUCUCUUGUCACUGUGUUACACUUAUGCAUUGCCAAAGUUUUGUUAGUCUUGCAUGCUUAAUAAAAGUGCUGAGACUGUUAUUAAGUAAAAAGCUGUCAAACAUUUACUGAGAAUAGAAUUGGCCCCAUGGCUUGAAAUGAAGACAGCAAGGAAAGAAG